AUGAAAAGUGUUCUAGGUGUCUUGCUGUUUAUUGUUACCUUUGUAGCCGUUUUCUGUGAUGUUGCUAAUCGAAAUGUUACACUGACACCGAUGCCCGACUGUGACAAAUACAAACUGGAGUGCGAUAUAGCAAAAGAUAAGGGCUUUGUUGUUGUCUUUGCCACAGCUUAUGCAAAAGGUGACAGUCUCUUAUAUGCCUUCAGCAGUAUUGGUAUGCCAACUAUAGCUCUGGUCAGGGUCACUGGUGAUAAUGCAUCCAUGCAUUUUAACUGGACAAAGCUUAUCAAUGAAUCAUCUCUGGAAGAGGCCAUCACGAUAGAAGACCACACUAAAGUUGCAUACCGAAUGGGACUAGCAUUUCCAAGACUUCUUGAAUAUAACGAUGAAGACGAUCAAGCAGAUCUCAAGCACAUGAAUUCAAAACCCAACAAUGCCUCAUACUGGAAAAUACGAGAUUUUAGUGACUUUAACUGGUCACUGGACUAUGGCAGUCAGACUAAGAAUGCUUUUAUCUUGACCGCCACCUCGGAGCAAGGAUCUCUGAUUGACACAAACUCUACUGGAAACUGGAGUAUAAGUUUUAAGUUUACCGUGCAAGGAGGUUCAGGUAGGGAUCCUGAAUUGCCAAGUUUGAAGUUUGGGGCCAACCAAACCCAGUUUGAUUUUGUGAUUUCCAACUUUACUCCUACAUAUGCAAGUUCCAGAUUUGCUGUAGAGACGGUUCUAGUGAGUCAGUCGUCAAGUGAGAUGAAUGUUGACACUUCUAAAUCUAUUGAUGAUGAAUACUCACCUGGUGUAUUUCAGAUGAUAAAUUGGCUGUCCAAUCCAUCUGAACAACAGUCAACUGGAUUUGUUCAGUGGAAACCUGUCUGUUAUACUACCAGUGAUAGGAGCCGCAGCACAGCAACCAAAGUGAAAGACUACGAACUCUUGGAUUUGACGGAACAAGAAAACAUUACCAGAUAUUUGAAUUCUAGUAUAGUUUUAUCAAUCUUUGGAGCUGAUUUGUACAAUGAGAAGGUGGUGACUUCACGAGCUACAAAUAUUUCAUUUGGUCUUUCACAAGAUCGGUUCUAUGAUAACACCAACUACACUGUUUGGUCUGCUGCGAUUGGUUUUGGUACUCCGCCUCAAGAUGCAAUCUCCAUGACCGUCAUCGUCACAAUUGGUGCGGGGUUGGGUCUCCCUGUCAUUAUACUCAUACUCGGAGGAGUCUACACCUGUGUUAAGAAGAGGAGGUCCAAGCAGACGGAGUAUGAGCCAAUUACUGGGACAGUCGAUAGAACUGAACUGGUAAUCAACUAA